AUGGAGACAGCAGCAGCAAGUCUCGUAGUCGAGAACGUGGCAUCGGCCAGAGAUUUGACCGAGUGUCUGAAACGGUGCAACUCGAUGACAACGCUGCCGGUGGGCGCGGGGCGUCCCCAUCACGUCCACGAAUUCGAGAUGGCCUACAUCAAGCUCCACUUCUUGAAGUCCUGGCUCGGGGCCGUGGGAGUCACCGUGUAUGCAACCGCCGCGGCCUCGCCGGGCGACCAGCGCGCGGCCCUGAGGUCGCAGUGGAACAGCCAGAAAGAGGUGGUGAGCGCAAGGCUGGACGGCAUCCGCGGGCUGCUGCGCGACCCAACGAAGCUCCGCGAGCAAUACGGCUUCGAGGUCGCCGUGCCUGCUUCCCGGGAAGUAGAAGACGAGACGAUGCAGGCCAUCGAGCCCGCGAGCCCCGCGCGCACUUCUUCUGCUGCCUCGUCGUCGCAGCCGCCACGGUCGUCGCCAGCAGCGGCGUGGUCGCUGCCCGAGCGCCACAAGGUUGUCAGCGCCCGCCUCGCGCAGCUCGACCACUAUGUGGCUCUGCUCGAGGCGCUGCUUCAGCAGCUGGACACGGCCAACGAGGCGCGUCAGGUCGUCGAGAUGAUCCAGCGGGCGAACCGGGCGUUUCCCGACGCCGCGAACUUGGACGUGUUGCUUGAAGCUUCCACCCCAACAAACUCACACAGCUUCCCCGCGGCCACUACAGAUGGCGCCACAGGCCCGCCCGGGGCUAGUGCGCAGCUGAGGCUAGCAAGCCAUUCUUACAGACGAAACCGGCUUAAGGAGCAGGCCCAGGCCAUCCUGGGAGACAUUGGCUUCACGGAUGAAAACGCCGCCAGGAGCGAUUACAGAGAGAACGAACUCAUUGGCAGUGCGCAGGCCGUCUUGGGCAACGUGGAUGGCGCCUUUGCGUCCACUUUUUUCCGUAAAGCCGCCGCGGAUUUAGAGACCAGCUAA